AUUGUUGGUGACGCUGCGCUCAUCCCCGGGGGAAAAAUUCACCUGUCGGAGCUCACCUUGCUCUCUGCAGCAUUUCCGGUUCCGGGGGCAGAAGGGCGCUGAUUGUUGCCAAGGGUUUCUUCAAACUUGAUAAAGACUGCUACAAGAAAUAUGGUAAAACAUGGGGCAUUUUCGAUGGUCGUCAGCCUGUGCUGUGUAUCACAGACCCCGCCAUGGUCAAAACUGUUCUGGUCAAGGAGUGUUACUCUCUCUUCACCAACCGCAGAAACCUCUACCUAAAUGGACCCCUGUAUGACGCUGUGUCCACUGCUGAGGACGAUCAGUGGAGAAGGAUCCGCAGCGUCCUCUCUCCUUCCUUCACCUCAAGGAAGCUGAAAGAGAUGUUUGACAUAAUGAAACGCCACUCUGCUAACCUGAUCAGUAAUAUGAAAAAGAAAUCCGACAGAGAUGAGCCCUUGGAGCUGAAAGAGUUCUUUGGACCUUACAGUAUGGACGUAGUGACCAGCACAGCCUUCAGUGUAGACAUUGACUCACUCAACAACCCCUCAGACCCGUUUGUCAUUAACAUCAAGAAGAUGCUAAAUUUUGACCUGUUAAACCCACUCCUCCUCCUUGUUGCUAUCUUCCCCUUUAUGGGUCCAGUAUUGCAGAAGUUUGAGUUUUCCUUCUUCCCUGCAUCUGUCACUGACUUCUUUUAUGCUGCGCUGCAAAAGUUAAAGACAGAGCGGAAGACCAACAAGAAAAAGGCUCGAGUGGAUUUUCUUCAGCUGAUGAUUGACUCUCAGAAGGAGAAUGACCCCAGUGGAGCAGUUCAUGAAAAAGGUUUAAGCGACCAUGAGAUCCUCUCUCAAGCAAUGAUCUUCCUCUUAGCUGGUUAUGAAACAAGCAGCAGCUCUCUCACUUUCUUGGCUUACAAUCUGGCAAUAAACCCUGAUGUUAUGAAGAAGCUACAGAAAGAGAUCGACGCCACCUUCCCCAACAAGGCUCCUGUAGAGUACCAGGCUCUCAUGCAGAUGGAGUAUCUAGAAUCCGCUAUCAACGAGUCUCUCCGAUUGUACCCCAUUGCUGCACGUCUGGAGCGUGUUGCUCAGGCCUCCGUGGAGAUUAAUGGCCUUGUGAUACCAAAGGGGAUGGUUGUCAUGGUACCCACAUGGCCCAUGCACCGGGACCCUGAUGUGUGGCCUGAACCAGAUGAGUUUAAACCAGAAAGGUUCAGCAAGGAGAACAAAGACAAUAUUGAUCCAUACACGUACAUGCCUUUUGGGAUCGGGCCAAGAAACUGUAUCGGGAUGCGUUUUGCUCUGAUGAUAAUGAGACUAGCAAUAGUGGAGAUCCUCCAGAGGUACAGCUUCGCUGUGUGUAAGGAGACUGAGGUCCCCUUUGAGAUGGAUGUCCUGGGCAUGCUGGCUCCAAAACGGCCCAUCAAACUCAAGCUGGUGCCACGGUCUGAGGCUGCAGGCUAAAGAAACAACACAAAGGACUGGUUAAAAAAAAAAAGCCUGUAGCCAGCCCAGUGGAGGAGGCUAUGGGUUUUAUGAUUUUCCAGAAAGUUAAAAAUGACUACAGGUCUUGGGUGGUCCUCUGUAGCUUGUGCACACAGUAAUGGAAUUAACAAAUUUCAUAGGAAUAAAGAUUAAAAUUGUUUUUUGCAACACAAAGCAAGGCAAGCCUGACAUCUGAAUUUCUCAUUUACAAAUGACAGUAACUGACAACGAUGGAUAACGAUGGAAGUGAGGUAAAUGUAAACAUAGCAUAUGCCUGUAAGCUCCACUGAUGCUGUGGCGUAUGAUAUGCCAGUCCUCAAAGGAGAAUCUUAACAGUUCUGCUUUUAACGAUAUUAAAGCUUCUAUUUGGUUUAGAGUUUAUUUUGAUACAUUAGUUUACAAUUAUUGGUAGUUGUUGUUUAAAGGGGACUGAUUUAUGUUCAAACCA